AUGUCGCCCGCCACCAGCAAGAAGAAGUUCAGCACCAUUGCCCAGACCCGCCUCAAGGCGAAGCUCGAAGCUGAGGAAAAACAAGCCCCCGUCGUCCUCCAACGCAUCGGCUCGUGCACCCUCAUGGCCUCGGGGGCUACACGUGCCCACGUCCUCACGAAGACGUCCCCCAAGGAUGAACGGGAUGUAAUGUCCUACUCUGGCGCAUCACGGAAAGAUAUGAUCCGAUUGGGUUCGCCGGUGCCGUUUACCGGUCAGGCAAGAGGAAUAAAGCAAGAUCUACAGAGUAAGUAUGCGCAACGUUCUUUUCUUGCAGCGAACAUGUUCUUCUAA